CGUCCAUACAAAAGAAAAUCAAUAAUGGCCAUUAUCAGAGGACUUGCCAUGGUUAGUACGAUACGAUAUGGGACAUUCAUUUUCCAUAUACAUGUAUUCGCCAAGAGGACUGUAUGAUUAUACUGCCGCAUAAUUCAUCCUGCUAAAUAUUCUGUCCCACAUUCCGAUAUCGCUAUACUAGCCAAACAGACCUGAUCAGCAUUACUGAGACCACAUUGGAUCGGAUUUAAGCAAUGGUCUGCAGCCCAGGCAAUCAACUCUGAAACGAAGAAUGUCAUCUACUUUACCAUGGACACGAACAACGCGCAUCCGCCAAACGAUGCCUUCCAGAAAUUCAAGCCAAGUCUCCGACUACCGUCGAACGACGUUCCAGGGAGUGAUGUCCAAAGUGACAUUCGGUCAAUUGUGGUACUUCAUCAAACUAUAUUUCUGGAUAUUCUGCGUAAUCUUACCAAUUUUUACGUUUCGGUUAAAGUUUUCCAUCUAUUAUUGGGGAGAGAGUGUGAUACACUUGAACCAUUUGAAUAACGCCAGGGUGGCAAAUGCGAGAUUGCGGAUUGACAAGGAGAGGACCUCAGAAAACUCAAAACUUUCAAGCGAUUCGUGGAAAUCACGCGGACUGGAACGAGGUGUUCUGAUUACUGUGAUAUCAAUGAAACGGGACACAAUCCAAGGGUACGAUCCGAAGUAUUUGAGCCAAACUAUUACAGAACUAAUUGACCUUAUGAGGCGUUUCCAGCGUGAUUCUGGUGAUCCGAAGUUUUUUGGUUUGGCUUUAUGCAACAUUGACCCACACCCGCGCGACUACGCUGAACUGAAUGAACUAUCAGAAGUUUACAAAAUUCACACUUUCACAAGGUUUUCUGAAUCUCGUCCGUCCGAAUCGGAAAAAACUAACAGGCAUUUGAAGGAGAGGAAUGAUUAUAGUUACUGUCUCAGGAAAUCUUUGGAGGCAAUGCCAAGAUAUGUUUUGAUGUUAGAAGAUGACGCAGUGCCGCUUCAAGAUGCGCUCUGGAUUAUUCAUGACACGAUAAAGAAUUCUUUGGAACGCUUCCACGAAAACAAACCCGAAGAACUCGGCUUCGUGAAAUUUUACCACCCGACUCUUUGGCACGUUUGGUCAAUAUUUUGGCAACAUCUCGGUUUGAGCGCAUUUCUUGGGACAAUUCUGACAGUAUUUCAUCACUGCGUCACUAGGGGUAAAUCUGCCCUUCAUUUUAACUGGUUCUUCUACACUUUACUCGUUUUACUCGCAUGCCUCGCAAUUGGGCAAGGCAAUAUUUUAAAGAUGCGUCGCCUAUCUGCUCAUUUAUACACAAUCGUUCCAUCAUAUUUUUUUAGUAUGCCUGCCGUUUUGUUUUCAAACUCAAGCGGUUAUCUUUUUGCUGAUUAUAAUGAUAACCACCAGUGCCACAUCAAUGACCAUUGUCCGAAAGACUUGGUGUUAGGUCCAUUCGUGAAGGAUACGGGGACACGCGGCCUGAUGGUACAACCGAAUAUUUUUGAUCAUAUAGGUCUGAUUUCUAUUGUGAAUAGGAUGACAAAGCACCCGAACUUUGUCGAUUAA